AUGGAAUCAAGCAGGGAAUCAAGCAAGGAAUCAAGAAGGGAAUUUGAGCAAGGGGUCAAGAAGGGAAUCAAGCAAGGAAUCCGGAAGGGAAUCAAGCAAGGAAUCAAGAUGGGAAUCCAGCAGGGAAUCAAGCAAGGAAUCAAGAAGGGAAUCAAGCAUGUCAAGCAGGGAAUUGAGCAAGGAAUCAAGAAGGGAAUCCAGCAGGGAAUCGAGCAAGGAAUCAAGAAGGGAAUCAAGCAGGGAAUCAAGCAAGGGAUCAAUAAGGGAAUUGAGCAAGGAAUUGAGAAGGGAAUCAAGCAGGUAAUUGAGCAAGGAAUCAAGAAGGGAAUUGAGCAGGGAAUCAAGCAAGGAAUCAAGAAGGGAAUUGAGCAAGGAAUUAAGAAGGGAAUCAAGCAGGGAAUUGAGCAAGGAAUUGAGAAGGGAAUCAAGCAGGGAAUUGAGCAAGGAAUUGAUAAGGGAAUCAAGCAGGGAAUCAAGCAAGGAAUCAAGAAGGGAAUUGAGCAAGGAAUCAAGCAGGGAAUCAAGCAAGGAAUUGAGCAGGGAGUCAAGCAGGGAAUUGAGAAGGGAAUCAAGCAAGGAAUCAAGAAGGGAAUCCAGCAGGGAAUCAAGAAGGGAAUUGAGCAAGUAAUCAAGAAGGCAAUCAAGCAGGGAAUCAAGCAAGGAAUUGAGAAGGGAAUUGAGCAAGGAAUCAAGAAGGGAAUCAAGCAGGGAAUCAAGCAAGGAAUGAAGAAGGGAAUCAAGCAGGGAAUCAAGCAAGGAAUCAAGAAUGGAAUCAAGCAGGGAAUCAAGCAAGGAAGCAAGAAAGGAAAUUGA